AUGAAAGACCCAACUAUCUUUUCGUCUCUUCGGUCUAUAAGUUUAAUUUGUAUUGUAAUGUGUGUAAUUGUCUGUUGGAAGUCCUUGUUGAAAGUGCAAAAGAAAAAGAGUGGAAAAUUGAAGUUUUCUAAGGAUGAUAGAACAUGUAAGGGCAUGUUGCUGCAUCAUAUGUCGGAUGCAUUUCUUGAUAUUUAUAUGGGUUAUAAUCAUGCUAGGGAUAUUUGGGAUGCAUUAGAUAAGAAGUAUAGAUCUAUUGAUGGUGGUACUAAGCGUUACUGUGUUAGUAAGUGCUUAGGUUUUCAAGUUGAGGAUGAUAAACCUAUGGCAGAUGAUGGUCUGUGUAGUUGUGAUAUCACUCUUGCUAUUGGCAAUUUCAGUUCUGAUAGGUUUAAGGGGAAGGGAAGUUCGUUCAAGCCUCAAGGGAAAAUUCAGAAGUAUAAGUUUAAAGGAAACUGUUUUGAAUGUGGUAAGGCUGGUCACAAGUCCAGGGAUUGCAGGGUCAAGAAGAAGCCGAAUCAGAAUCCAUCCCACCUUACUGAAGUUGUUGCUGAUCCUAACAAUUUUGUUGCUGUUGUUUCAGAAGCUAACCUGACAGGUGAUGUUGCUGAAUGGAUCGUUGAUACAGGAGCAACCAGACACAUUUGCACCAACAAAGACAUAUUCACUGCCUAUGAGAAGAUUGAUGGUGAUAAUUUCUUCAUGGGUAACUCUGCUUCGACAAUUGUCCAAGGCAAAGGGAAGAUCGCUGGUUUGAAGCUUUCUUUUGAUUCGGAUAGGCUAGUUAUUACUCACAAUGGGGAAUUUGUGAGACAGGGCUUUUCUAAUGGGGGGAUGUUUACUCUUGAUGUUUCAAUUGAAAUUAUGAAUAAGAAAGCUAGCAAUUCUUCUGCUUGUAUUGCUGAAUCUAUCGAUUUGUGGUCAAAGAAUGAGGCUCAGGAAAUGUUUCUCAAAUACAAGGCUGAAGUUGAAAAUCAACUAGACAGUAACAUCAAGAGACUUAGAAAUGACCGGGGUGGUGAGUAUGACCCUAACACUCUUAAGAAAUUUUGUGAACAGAAUGUUGUCAUUAGAGUGCUACGAGAGGUUUUUCCAGCAAUUAAGCUGCCUCAUGUGUCCAAUCCUGAUUCUAGCUUAGAUAUUUCAUUUUAUCUUUCAUCCAGAUCAAUGAUGUCUCAAUAUGGUUUACGAUCUCUGUUUCCUAUGGAAGAUCUUGCUGUAAUGGGGAUUUUGGACUUGUUGCCAUAUCUUUACAAGAUUAGAUACAGUUCCGAGCGGAAGAAGAUUUGGGAUACUAAAGAAUAG